AUGAUUCAUUCUCGCAGAAUCCUCCAGUCGGCCCUGCGCCACAUCCCAACACAAACGCGAGCUUGGCGCCAACCGGCUCGAAAUGUCAGCACUGCAGCACCGGCACUGCCAAAUGCCUCGAGGCAACCAUCGCGAUGGACGCGGCGUCUGAUCUAUGCGGGCAUAUUUGGCGCACUUGGCCUAGGCGCAGGGAAUUAUAUGGACCGCCUGAUGUUCGAACCACCGUUUUUACCCGGCUCGCCAGAUGACAAAGCGAUGCUUGCAGAUAUCCAACUGAUGUCCGACGGACUCCCUAUUGUGCAAGCGUUGCGCAAUAACCCCGACUACGUGGAAAAGGACGUCUACGAGCACUUUUCAGAUGAGCACAAAUCUCAUCGGCUGACUUCUGGUCCGUUGGCUGGCAGCGGACGUCUUGCCUUUCAGAAAGCCAAUGUUAGCGUGGUCUAUUUUGGACACGGCCUUGAGGGCUGGCCACAUAUGGUCCACGGCGGUGCAGUGGCCACGGUCAUCGAUGAGAAUUUAGGCCGAAUAGCUAUUCGGCAUUUCCCAGAGCGAACAGGGGUCACUGCCAAUCUCAACGUUAGCUAUCGGAAUAAGACAUUGUCCAAUGGCUUCUACGCCCUGCAUACGUCUCUAGACCAGGAACAAAGCACGGACCGCAAGGCAUAUGCUACUUGCGAGAUGCGUGAUAUGAGUGGUCAACUUUGUGUUGAGGCAUCGGGUCUUUUCGUUGUCCCUAAGAAACUCAAGCUUGCUAAAGUUGGGGAACAUUUUUGA